CUGCGCAGACCAAUCAGCUGCAUAGGAUCGGUUGCUGGGCGGAGCUUGUAGCGGGACUGAAUUUUCCCGCGGUUCCAGAAGCGGAGGGUUGAGUGCUCGGUAUUAGGUGAUCGUGUACUGGCAGGAUGUCAAAGAAACGGGGUCUUAGCGUUGAGGAGAAAAGAUCGAAGAUGUUGGAAAUAUUUUUUGAAAAGAAAGAUGUAUUCCAACUGAAGGACCUGGAGAAAAUCGCCCCAAAAGAGAAAGGGAUUACAUCCAUGUCGGUGAAGGACGUCCUGCAAAGCCUGGUGGACGAUGCUAUGGUGGAUUCCGAGCGCAUUGGGACCUCAAAUUACUUUUGGGCUUUUCCCAGUAAGGCUCUUCAUAGUCGAAAGAGAAAGCUGGAGACCUUGGAAAGCCAGUUGACAGAAGCAAAGCAGAAGAAAAGGAGCCUAGAGCAAAGUGUGGAAAAAGCAAAAGUUGGCCGCCAGGAUACAGAGGAAAGAUCAAAGCUGGCAGAGGAGCUGGCACUGUUGAGAAAGAAGAGGGACCAGCUGAAAGCAGAUCUGGAGAAAUACAAAGAAUGUGAUCCGGAUGUUAUAGAAGAGAUACGUCAGACCAACAAGAUGGCCAAAGAUGCUGCUAAUCGCUGGACUGACAACAUAUUUUCUGUGAAGUCCUGGGCCAAGAAAAAGUUUGGCUUUGAAGAAAGCAAGAUUGAUAAAACAUUUGGCAUACCUGAAGAAUUUGAUUAUAUUGACUGAAUUAAUAAUGAAUCAUACAGCUUUUUGUUUAUAUCAUUAGUAGUAAUGUACCCAGUGAGUGAGUAUGCCUAACCUCACUGAAUGUGAUGUACAUUAAAGGACACCUGUGAAAACCUUGGGCAUUUCAAACUGACCCUAUGGGGCAAAAUGGUUA